CAAACCUCGCCAGCGGCGACACGGCCAGCCCCGGGGCUGCGAGCUCUCUGGCGGACUCUUUCCCGGCACUCCUGGGUCCCUGCUCUUCCGUAAGUAAUCCCAUUUGCCGCUCUGCUCGUCCAAUCGGAGAACUGCUGCUCGCUUGUAAAGCGUUUGCCUCCCCUGACAUUUUUAUUUCCUCCUGAUCGUUUUCGCGCAGAACAUCUGGCUCCUCGGAUGGAGACUUCCCUUGGCGUUGCCUUUACAGGAAAUGAUGGCAGAGAGCGAUCUGGAAUGAUUACGCCGUAAAAUAAUACCUUUCGGUACCCAAGGAGGCUACGCAGGAGGAGGCGGUCGCCUUGGAAGCUGCCAGGACAGAAGCAGCCGCAGCAGCGGAGGGAGGAGAAGCGGCGGCGGCGGCGGCGCUGGCUCUCGUCUUCCUUCUAUGAUGCCGGACGAAGCCACGGAAAGCGCCCGCUCCGCCUCGCCCUCCUCCCGCGUGUCUUCUUUUUUCAUCGCGAAUUUGCUGGGAGCCAAACCCAAAGACGAGAAGAAGCCCGAGAGCGCCGAGGAGACCCACAAAGAGAGACGAGCGCACGGCGGGAUUGCUGGCAGCCAUUGCUCGGUCGCCUGCUGCCAGUGCCAGGUCUCCCGCUUUGGGCUGGGUCUGCACGGCUAUCCCCUCCGGGAAAGCACCGUGGACUGGUACAGAAGAGCGCACGUGGCUUUCAUAGGCUGUGCCAGUCCGGAAACCAGCGACAGAGAUUCUCCGGAGAUCUCCGAGGAGGCAGCUCUGGGGAAGUCAGCAGUACUAGCAGCAGGAAGCUUAGACAGCAGAGAGGGGCUGGCCUGUAGCGUUGCCAGCGGCAGCAACGGCAGCCUGGAAGAAGGGCGCGUGGAAGAGUCCGACUCGGGCGAGGCCCGGGCCGCCGGGCGCAAGAAAAAGACGCGCACGGUUUUCAGCCGGAGCCAGGUCUUCCAGCUGGAAUCCACCUUCGACGUGAAGCGCUACCUGAGCAGCUCGGAACGGGCCGGCUUGGCUGCCUCACUUCAUCUUACCGAGACGCAGGUGAAGAUCUGGUUCCAGAACCGCAGGAACAAAUGGAAAAGACAGCUGGCUGCGGAUCUGGAAGCCGCCAACCUCCCGCACGCGGCCCAAAGGAUAGUCCGCGUGCCUAUUUUGUACCACGAAAACUCGCAGGCAGGCAGUGCCCUCGGAUGCUUUCCCUUGCCGCCUCCGCCCCACGCCUCUCCGCCGCUGGUCGGGCUUUCCAGCAGCGUUCGCUACCCGCUGGCCCCCUUCCCACCAACCUCGGUUCCAUUUCUAAGGUCGCAAGUGACAGGCCUCGUUUGAGCCGAAGACUUUGUUUCCCUUCCCUCCUGGUCACCGUUUUCCUUUCUGAUUCUAAACUACUCCAUUUGAUGCUUGUGAUUGUUUUCAAGGUGCAAUAGAAAUGUGUUUUUUUCCCAGCAUAAUAAUUUUAAAAAGAAAGAAAGAAAAACGUCUCUGCCAGGCCUCCUUUCCUCGGACUUACCUGAGCAUCAACAGGCCAGAGUUCCCUGCAGGAAUUCUGGAAAAACGCCACCCGUAAUCCGUGGACUGAAGCUCUGGAGAUCCUGAUCCUGACACUUCGAUUGUGGAAAAUCUGCUGAUAGCCUUCUCCUGUUUCUUAAUUGCUGCAAUCUUAACGGUGUCGAGUAAGAAAAGAAUGUAAAGAUUUUUUUAAAAAACUUUUCUAGCCCCAAGGCAGGGACACCGGCCUCCCUACCCCAUAACUCUUCCUCAGAUCAAGCGUAUAGUUGGAAACACGUGCAUCUGUCGCAUAGUUUAUUGCCUUUUUUCUAACGUGAGGAGGAUUGAGGGAAACUGAAGAACUGGCAUGAAACGAGGUAUUUUUUCCACCUGCUCUCUGAAAGCUUUUCCUUCGGUAUCAUGUUUAGGAAAGGCCUGGGGAGGUCUACAUUAAAAUCGAUUGUCAUUGGGUGUUUUUUUUUCUUUACAUAAAACUGACAUUACUAGGAUAGGAAGGAGAAUUCUUUUCCAGUCUGCAAAUAAUUAUUGAAUUUUGGGCUGCUUUCAUGCACCGUGAGAGAAAAUAACGGCAAAUUUCUCUUGCUGUCACAUUUUAGAUUUAAACUCUCCACUUGAGUUUAUUUCCUGUGUUUCAUACUCCAGAAACUAACAUAUAUGAAGCAUGUUCUAUAAUUCAAUUAAUGUUGAUUUAUGGCACAAAAUGUUUUAAAACCCUCUGUGAUUAUUUGCUCCAUAUUUCCGAGCAUCCCAUUAUAAUCGCCUAUAGUAUCCUUGAUGUCAUAUUAUAUCCUAAUUCUGCUUGAGUACUUGACGAAGAUCAAUUUGCCAGUUACUUUAAUUUCCCUCAGUCAUAGAAUAUAUUUCCCGUGGAAAGCUGGAGUGUGCAUUAAUGUGUCCAGGUCACAACAUAUUAGAGUAAAUUUUCAGUUGCUAACUGUCUUGAGCGACUGUAAUGUGGUAUUAUAUGAGGUAUUAUGCAUGCUUAAGCUAUGUUUCUUUAGCUAACCCUUUUUGCUGCCUAAAUAUUUAUAAAAGUAACUCCAACUCACAAAAGUAAUCCUCAUUCUGGCAGUUUGCUGUAACAAAUCUAAUUGUGGGGAAGAUAGUUUUGCUGACAGGUCAAGCUUUCAUCAUACAUAUUAUCGCAGUCCGCUCGGCUAUAAUUUAGCCGAUUAGCUGGAAGCUAUUCCCACCAUAAAUCGUGGGGUUUUAAGGGAUUGGGUGGCUCUUUCUUUACUAAUUUUUAGUAUUAUUUGGAAGAAGCUAACCAUUUCUGGUUAGACGAUAAAACUGAACUACAGUAGUCGGUAAUGAUGGGACAGUCAUGCUGCUGGCAGAGCUUGCAGGAGAUAUUUUGUAAAGGUAAAGCUCCUCAACAAAUCUGGCUCUAAGCAACGUAUUUUGCCUUGCUUGCAAAUACUAAUUCAUGACUCUUAAGAUCAAAGUUAAUCAAUCAGGAGAGACGGCAAAUAAACAAGAAAAAUAAUUUAAGAAAUUGUCGAUAGUUCAGCUAGCAUUUUGAGUUGUGUAUUUCGGUAAGGAAGUAGUCAUUGACUAUUUAAACCAGUUGUAAUUUGCGUGACAGUAAUGCAGUCUUAAUAUGAAAAUGCACACUCGUUUUGAUGCAAAUAAGCCUUAAAGUAAUGUGUCUGUCACCGAACAAUCUGCCUUUUUGAAAUUUUGAAAUCGUUGAAUGCUGUGGCAAAGCACAGGCUAUUGGACCUGUUAAAGAUCACUUGCUCUGAAACAUAAUUUAUAAAACAGACAGACUAUAUUGCGCGCCUGUCUUGUCCUAAAUUAUUAGGAUGUGAUUCUGCCAUUGUGCAUCGGAGGGUCUUUCAUGCCUUCCAGCGCUCUGACUUCAUAGUGGGUAAAAUUACAAUACCAAAGAGGAACUGAUUGCGUUGAGGACGCGAUGUAGUACGGUUGAUCCUUCAGAAGACCGUUAAAUGCGUACGGCUGAGGUAUUAGGCAUACUUGGGAAGUGAAUCCCAUUAUGUGGGAUUUCCUUCCCCGCAAAACAGGGCGAAAAGUCACGGCGAGCCUUUUGUUCCAGUGAGACUCAGCCGCGCCCCUCCCCACUGAUCCAAGCGUUUACGCGUAGCCGAGAGAAAAUUGGCUGCACAGCCACCACACUCUGUUUCCACAAAUCUGCAAGCGGAAAACGGAAGAUGCCCGCAUAUCAGCCCAAGAGAAAUCCCUCCUUCUCCUGAGGCACCUGAACUCUCUCCUCCACGUUUCUAGAAAAUGGGGUUGCUUGGGGCUAAGUCUCUGAAAUGACUUUUUAGACAACCAACUGGCAACUCCAAAACGUCUUCUUGCUGUCUCUCUCUCUCUCUCUCUCUCUCUCUCUCUCUCUCUCUCUCUCUCUCUCUCUCUUUUAAUCAAAAGACAUUCUGAUGAUUUCAAUAAACAAUUGU